AUUUUCGAAGCUUUAAAGAAACGCUGAUCAAGGGAGAAGCAUGGCCGCCACCCAGCAAGAUGCCGAUCGAAAGCAGCAGUUCGACUGGCUUUAUCCAGAAUUACUGUCAAAAGAUGGACUCUUAGAUAUAUUGAGACAGCGGUAUGUCAACCAUCCAGAUAUUGAGAGGCUAGAGAAAGAUGACUUAGUGGAGCUGUAUUACAAGUAUGUAAUACCCCUCCCACAGCGAAAGUACAGGAUGAACCGCAGAGGGCGUGAGAUGACAAAAAAACAGAUCUUGCUUGCCAAGAAAAGAAAAAUUAUGGCACCUGAUGAAACGGAGCCUGCCAAAAAAAGACAGCAUGAAGACAGCACUACUAAUUCUCGCUUCAUCACAUCGUUUAAUGAUCCUUCAAAGGCAGAAAACCGUCUCAAACCUCCUCCAUCUUGCAUUGACUUUAAAAAGAAAACAAUCAAGUUGGGAUCUAGUCUAAAGCCAUCACCAACACACGAUAAUGACUGUAAAGGCGACACAGAUUCACAACCAGGGAAAAAGAAAAUCAAGUUGAUAUCAUUUUCAUCAUCAGAAACUAGUCCAACAUUAAGCCCCAAGGAAAAAUCUCCAGCCAUUUCUCCUCCUGUGACAUCACCAACCAAGAAAGACUUUUCAAUGAACAAAAGUAAAACAAUCGGUCUUAUAAACAAACACCUGGCCGAUUCAGAUACCAGUGCUAAAGAGAAGCCAAAGACCUCACCAGAUAAACUUGAUACCAAUUCUGAGAGUCACAAUUCUAAAUCACCAAAAAGGGAAGAAGAUACAGAAAAGGAAUCCGUGCCAAAGAAAAAGAUCAGAAUAAAUCGGAUACCAUGGCCUUAGACAUUUCUUCCAAAACGAAGAGAAUAACAUAUGGAUACAAAUGAAAUUUUUAGAAAACAAUUACCUAUACAUUAAAAAUGACGAUGAAAAACUUGUCUUCCUGUGCGUGCAGUGUGGACAACAUGCAGAGCUAGAUCUCUGUUCAUGAUCAUUUGUAUUAUAAAACUCGUCAUAUUGCAAAAUUCUUGUGGUAUCUACUUUAUUAGGUACAUUGGCAGGGUGAUUUCAGGAUCAUUAUUUACUUUAUACAGAUUACUUUUUUUGGUAGUCAGCAUUAAAAAAUAUUCUGUUUUUGCCAGUUGAAGAAUAUGAAUGUAUGCAAUGUAUGGAUGAGUCCAGUAUCAGUUAAACUGAAAAUUGUUUAUUUAUUUUGAUGCUUUGAUUUUAGUCAAUAUUUUCAUAAUAAAUAAUUUUAACUCAUGGAACUUGAAAAGUACAUGUGUGUUUUAAA